AUGUCAGCACAAAUAAAAAAAAAUUCGCGAAAAAGAAACCUGGAUGAGUCACCACAUGUCAACAAUUCAAAACGUCGAAAAGUAAACAAAGAAAAUAAGUCAUCAAAUGAGUUGACAGUAAAUAAUAAUACCACAGGAAACAAAACCAAGAGGUGUGAAAUAUGUAAUCAACAAUUAAACAAAUUAAAAUUACUUGCUCCGCUUCCUGAGAAUGCUGUCGAUGAGGUUGUCGCACUGGCUGACACCAAGUUGUCUCUUGAAUCUGAUAUAGAUUCAGAGAGCAUUCCGGGGAUUUGGACCCAAAAAAUAGGACCCAUAAAUGAAUGGUACACUUCUGGGUACGACGGUGGUCCAAACCAGCCGAUUUUAAUCAGUACACCUUAUGCUGAGUACUAUUUAAUGUCUCCAGCAGAGUCGUAUAAAUCUUUCAUGGAUCCAGUGAUUGAAAAAAUUUAUUUGACUAAAGUUGUAAUCGAAUUUCUUGCUUCGAGAGAUGAUGACCCGACAUACGAAGAUCUUCUAGAUCACUUACAAACUGUUAAAUUGCCUGACGGAUUAGUUCUUGCCGAAGAAUCAUUGUUAAAAAAUGCCCAAUUUGUCUGUGAUCAAGUGACAUCAUUCGACGUCAGUGCAACUGAAGAAGAGAGUGAUUUCCCACUCUUAACUACCUCUUGCAUGCGUUCAAUCAUCAAAUUAACAGGUGCUACGGUAGGUAAUGACAUAAAACAGCCCAAAAACAAUGAAAUAUCUCCAGUGAAAAAAAAAACAAUGCCCAAAAUGAUUCUCACGAAGCUAGUCUACCAAAUAGUCAAUAAAUUUUUCUCCAAAGAGACUGACAGUAAGGAACUUUUUACCACGAGGCAAUUGAUGAAUUGUGGAACGUGUAAUGAAUGCUUAAAACCUGGAUGUGGUCGCUGCGCAGCUUGUAAGAAGAAUAAAAGCUCGAAAAAGAAAAAUUCUGUUUGUAUAAAGCGAAAAUGUCCGAACAAAGCCAUCGAAGCUGCUGACUCGGACACUGAGUCGCUAAGUGACAAGAAUAAGUCUCUGAAGAAGAUUGAGAGCAUUCCCGAGAUUCUGAAAAAAAUGAAAGUCUUUUCUAGAAAAGUUAAGUGGAUAAGCUCCUCAAUUAGUAGUAAAAAUAAUCGUUGUUAUUACAGUAAAGCUCAAGUUAACUCUACGACAAUAACUGUUAAUGAUUUUGUUAAAAUAAAAUCAAAUAAUCCAAGAUUUGAGCUGAUUGUUAAAAUUGUCACGAUGUGGGAGGAAAAUAAUGACCAGAAAGCUCACGUUAAUUGUUUUUAUAACAGCAGAGACACUGUUCUAGGUAAUAUUGGCGAUAGUCGAGAACUUUUUGCCAGCAACCAAUGCGCAGAUAUUUUUUUAAAGUGUCUAGAUAGUCUUGUUAAAGUAAUUAGACGCAAUGUUCCAAUGAAGUGGUCCGAGCUGGGAGAUACCGAGCAAAGCGUUAAAGAAAUAAAGAAAAAUUCUAAUGAGUAUUAUUAUCAAAUGCAUUACACUCCAGAGACUGCGAGGUUUGAGUAUCUGGAUUCGGAUCUUAGUGUAAAGUCUCAGGACUCAUGUCCUGUUUGUUUAAAUAAAUCUCAAAUUCAAGAAGCUGAGAAACCUCAGCUUGGUGAGCCGAUUGUUCAGGAUAGUCGAACAUCUUACGGUGUCCUUUUGUAUAAAAGUGAAGAGUAUAGAGCAAGAACUGGCGUAUAUAUUAAUCCGGGGGUCGUUAAAUUUAAGUACAAAUUUUCAGUACCUGUUCCUGAGAAACUGAAGCAAGUCGACGAAGAAUUAUACCCUGAGUACUACAGAAAAUACGCUACUGGAGAUCAUGUGAAGGGUUCUAACUACGAUACGCCUGAUCCUUUCGCAAUAGGAUGUAUUAAAACUAUUUUUACGACGUCUAAUGACAAUCCUGGGUUGGAAGAUAUUUUUUUGGUUGUUAAUAAAAUAUAUAGAUGCGAAAACACACACAAGAGUUUCCUGAUUCCUUCUGCGGAUAUUAAUCAGCUGUUUUGGAGCGAUGAAGAGAUAAAAAUUCCCCUUUCAGAAGUGAUGGGCAAGUGUAAAAUAUUAUUAAAGCCAGAAAAUGAUUUUAAUGUUGGUAAUCAUCAAUUUUAUGUUUCUUCAACGUACAACGCUGAGGAAGAAUCUUUUGAAGUUCUUUCGGAAGAUAUUAAGAACUCGUUGGAAAAUCUUUCUGUGAAUAAGGAAAAAAAAGUAAAGCCUCUGAAGACUCUAGAUAUAUUUUCCGGGUGUGGAGGAUUGUCUCAAGGUUUGUCAGACGCUGGAGUUGCCGAUGUGCGAUGGGCGAUAGAAAAAGACCAAGCAGCUGCUAGGGCUUUUGUAAAAAAUCACUCUAAUGUUAAAAUGUACGAAGGAUAUUGCAAUGUUUUGCUAGAUUCUAUAAUGCGAAAGGAAAAAGCGAGUUUUCCACAAAAAGGCGACAUUGAAUUAUUGUGCGGAGGACCACCUUGUCAAGGUUUCAGCGGACUGAACCGCUUUAACGCUAGUCAGUAUUCAAAUUUAAAGAAUGCGUUGCUCUUUACAUUUUUAUCUUACUGCGACUAUUACAGGCCUAAGUACAUUGUAAUGGAAAAUGUAAAAAAUUUCGUUUUUCACCACAAAGGUCUGAUGUUGAAGCUAGCGAUGUACUGCUUCCUGCAAAUCGGCUAUCAAUGUACAUUCGCGAUUCUCCAAGCAGGUAAUUUUGGAGUUCCUCAGUCGCGCAGGAGAAUAAUUCUUCUAGCAGCAGCGCCCGGGAAAAAAUUACCCGCAUAUCCAGAGCCUCUACACGUCUUCAGCAAACGCGCUUGGCAGCUGGAUGUUGUAAUUGAUGGAAAGAAGUACUCCGGUAAUUUUUCGUGGAAAGAGUCGGCUCCUUAUCGCACUAUCUGUGUUCGCGAUGCUAUUGAGGACCUUCCUAGUAUCAGCAAUGGAGAAAAUCGGGAGCAAAUAAAGCAUCAAAAAGAUCCGACGUCUCAUUUUCAGAAAAAAAUGCGGAAAAAUGAGGCUUUUAUUUCUGAUCAUGUUUGCAAAAAAAUGUCCUUGCUUGUUGAAGCACGGAUUUCAAAGAUUCCAAGCACUGCUGGUGCAGAUUGGCGUGAUUUGCCUAAUAUUGUUGUGGAAUUGGCUGAUGGAACUAGCACCAAAAAAUUGGAGUAUCGGUAUGAAGAUUCAACUGGAAAAUUGAGGGGAGUUUGUGCUUGCGCUGCGGGGAAAACGUGUGAUUUAAAAGAUAGGCAGGAAAACACACUGAUUCCGUGGUGCUUACCUCAUACUGGGCACCGGCAUAGUGGAUGGGCGGGUACUUAUGGUCGCUUGGAUUGGAAUGGAUUUUUUGGAACGACUAUUACUAAUCCUGAACCUUUAGGGAAACAGGGCAGAGUAUUACAUCCAAAAGAAAAUCGCGUAGUAAGCGUCCGUGAAUGUGCGAGAUCACAAGGCUUUAAGGAUAAUUAUAUCUUCCAUGGAUCUGUUAUUGAUAAAUACCGGCAAAUUGGUAAUGCAGUACCUCCGUUACUUGCUCAAGCAAUUGGUCUAGAGAUAAAAAAAAUAACAUUAGCAAUAAAUUUAGGUGUUAGUAGUUUUUUAAAAUUAAAAAUGUGGGCAGAUACGGUGUUAAUUGUAUUUAUAAGUGUCUGUACAGCUCUGCUAGGAGAAGGUCUAACGUGGCUCAUGGUGUACAGAACUGAAAAAUAUCAAAAGCUGAAAACUGAAGUUGAAAAACAGAUGGAAAAGCGUAAGGAAGCACAUGGAGACUCACUAGACAAGCAGCAGAAGAAAAAAAUAGAAAGAGAAGAAGAAAGGCUGAAGAAUAAUAACCGUGAUCUGUCAUUAGUUAAAAUGAAAUCAAUGUUUGCAAUUGGUUUUGCUUUUACAGCAUUGCUCAGUAUGUUUAAUAGUAUAUUUGAUGGAAAAGUUGUUGCCAAAUUGCCAUUUGUUCCAAUCACUUGGAUUCAAGGACUGUCACAUAGAAAUUUACCGGGUGAUGAUUUCACAGAAUGCUCAUUUAUUUUUCUUUAUAUUUUAUGUACCAUGAGUAUUAGACAGAAUAUCCAAAAAUUACUUGGAUUCGCACCGUCAAGAACAGCCAGCAAACAAAGUGGGAGUAUAUUCGGGCCACCACCUCAACAAUUUAAAUAA